AAGCUUCAGAAACACACUCCUCAUUAUUCUUCCUUACCUUUCUGCUUAAAUUCCCUAGCUAACUUCUUGUGCAUAGUAGUGUUAAUUUGAGUGCUUUCUCCUCGUUGAUCCCUUUAUAUAUAUAGUAGUGUUAAUUUCAUAUUUUGCAGUUUCCCUCAAGUCAUUCAUAUAUAGUAGUAGUGUUUCGUUUCCAAGUGAAUCAUAUAAAUUUGACAAGAGUAGUUUGUCUCCCCAUGCAAAAGGAAAAGGAAGUGAUUAUCAAGGAGGGGACGGAAACUACUGAAAUGGAAGGAAGUCAUGGUGGAAAGGAGGAAACCCUACCUCCAGGGUUUCGAUUUCAUCCUACUGAUGAAGAACUCAUCACUUGCUAUCUUAUAAACAAGAUUUCAGAUUCAAGUUUUACAGGCAAAGCUAUAACUGAUGUGGAUCUCAACAAAUGUGAACCAUGGGAGCUUCCAGGGAAGGCUAAGAUGGGAGAAAAGGAAUGGUACUUCUUCAGUCUGAGAGAUCGUAAAUACCCAACCGGUGUGAGAACUAACAGAGCCACGAACACUGGGUAUUGGAAAACCACAGGGAAAGACAAGGAGAUAUUUAACAGUGUUACAUCAGAGUUAGUUGGGAUGAAGAAGACUUUGGUUUUCUACAAAGGUAGAGCUCCUAGAGGAGAGAAAAGUAACUGGGUCAUGCAUGAAUACCGCAUCCACUCUAAAUCAACCUUCAGGACUAACAAGGAUGAAUGGGUGGUUUGUAGGGUAUUCAAGAAGAGUGCUGGUGCAAAAAAGUUCCCUACUUCCAACCAUACAAGGGCAGUACUAAAUCCUUAUAGCCUUGAACUAGCUCCUAACAUGAUGCCACCACCAAUGAUGCAGCUUGCAUCAGAUCCUUCUGCUGCUCAUUUCCUCUAUGGAAGGAACUACAUGGGAAACACUGCAGAGCUAGCUGAAAUUGCAAGGGUUUUGAGAGGAGGUGGAUCAAGCAGUGGUUUUAACCUGCAGCCAAUGGUGCAACAAUCCCAGUUGAACUGCUACCCAGUGCCAGCAGUAGGAGGAGCAGGAGGAGGAGGAUUCACCAUUUCAGGACUUAAUUUGAAUCUCGGAGGUGGAGGAGGAGCGGUCGCGUCACAACCGGUUUUGCGGCCAAUGCUGCAACCUUCUCAACAACCUCACCCUGCUCAGACAAUGGCUCAAGUAAUGCUGCAUGAUGUGAGUUCUAACAUGAUGACAGGGAAUCCUCUUGGUGCAGAGAUUAUUAAUAAUGGAGGUUAUGGCGGCGGCACAGAAAUGAGCAACGUCACGAAUAAUAAUCAUCAUGGCCAUGGCAAUAGGUACAAUAUGGGCAUGGAGCAUUGCGUAGAUCUUGAGAAUUACUGGCCUUCCUACUAAGUUAAUUAGGAGGCCUUCGUUUAGUUCAUUUUACAUAAUCUAGUAUAUCUGUAAUUUCAUCAGCUGGAUCAGCUACGUGCCAUAAAAGUUAUGUUUUUUGUUGUGUUUCUGUGUUUCAUGGGAAGUUAAAUAGGAAGUAGUAUCCUUACUUUUGUGUCUUGUUCCCUUUGCACCAACUUUUUGGAUGUUAUUGUUCAUCGAUAACUAUAUUUUUUUCUCUAAGAAAGUGAGAAUCAUCAUAUGUCAAGCUCGUGAUUGCAUUUA